AUGCGUCGCAUCGCCAGAGACACCCUGACGCUCCAAGAGGCGCGCCAGGUGGCGAUCCUCGACGACCACGCACUCGACCUCGUGCAUGAGCUUCUGCGUCCACCGGGAACCGAGGCACCAUUCUCGUUUCUGCGUGCCGUACCCAAUGGAUCCACCUCCGAGCUCCGCGGCGGUCCAGAUGCGUCAAAGCACUCCAGCGACGAGUUCUUCAGGAAGACGCUCAAGACCAUCUUCAACCGAUACUUGUCACUGACGAGCCCUGUCCAUGACUCCAUUUGCGAAUGGCUCAUCAACGUCUGGGCACAGACUCUCUAUGGUCCGUUUACUCAAAUCAACGUCACACCAGAGGGCGAACUGCAGCUCGUCGCACGCAAUGUGAUCCCCAAGGCCAGGCAGAUUCCCGGUAUCGAAGACCUGACAAUGUCCCUCCACCACGACAGCAACAUUGCAGAUCUUCAAAUACACGAAGACUUCAUCGACUGGUCCCCAAAGGACAUCCCCUACGCGUGGGCGGGGCCCAUCCGUCUCCUGAAGCAGGGCUGCAGGCGGUGUGCAAACGCGCAUUACGUUCUGAGGCCAAUCAACCCCAGCGUCAGCUUGCCAGACGGUGCCAACCUGCAAUGUGUCUCCGCAAGCCGUCCAAUCCAGCCGGGCGAGCGACUGUGGGCAUUGGGUGGUGAGAGCGACUGCGACUGUGCCAAGUUGCCCAAAGGCUCUCGCAAGGUCAAGAAGGAACCCGCACCGUCGAGGCCCACGACUCCUCCCAUUGUCCCGUCAAAGCGCCCGCGUGCAGUGGACGGCACGCCUGUAUCCAAAGUCGUCCAGCGCCGCAAGAGACUGCCCACUCCCACCCCUUCACCCGAGUCAGAGCGGGGUUUUGAAACGGCUGGCUUUGAGCUCAUCACUGGCAGCCCAAUCCCAGAACUGUGCCCAGACUAUGUGGAGAAAGCAGCAACCUUGCGCCAACCCAAUGCGGCUGCACACACACCCGAUCGCACAUCAACUCCCGGUCUCGCUGACCCAGGACACGACCAGUUGUCCGACUUGGCCACUUUCAAGCUGGAUCCCAGCUCGAGCUCAACUCGGCACGUUGGCAGUUCACCAGAUUACGCUGCCUCGACGCCACCCACACUUGCAUCGGCGUUACGCCCACUUCCUCUUCCAUUACUCCGUGAACCAUCACCAUUCUCUGGUCCAUUCUCGUCCACGGGCCUACGGGUCAACGGGGCGCCCCAGCACGACGCCACCUCGGCGUCAUACCUCCCUCUCCCAGAUGGUGUUGACUCUUCGACAGUGGCGACGACUCCCGACGCCGUGUCCCUCGACCUGCCCGAGGCAUCCCCCUGGCUCAUCCCUCGCGAGGCUGACAGAAGCGGCCUGGUCAGCCCCUCGGAGCUGUCCGCCGACCGCACCACGUUUGACGAAAACGCCAUAUCUCCGAAAUCGGCCACUGCUGCCAAGCGGCUACUCGAUCUCGCUGUUCCUGCCUGGAUGGCUGCGACGUCUGGCUCGACCCCACCGCCUGACUCUGAGGAUGAGAACGACGCCGGGUCCUCAGACGCUCCGACGCAGCUGGCUCGGGCUCAGACCAAGAUGACGCAGCAACUGAGCCAGACACGCUUCUUUGAGAGCCGAGUCAACACGCUGGUGGAACAGAAGACUGAUCUCGAAAGGCAGCUGCGCCAAAAGGAAGGGGCACUCCAGGGCAUGGACAAACGCCUCUUACGGCAGGCUCAGGACACCAACGAGACAACUGCUACACUGGCCGACUACCACCGCAAGCUUGGCGAGUCGCAGCAGCAGACUGCGUCGGUCGAGAAGCAGCUUCGAACCCUCCAGCGCAAGCACGACGUUCUCCGGGCCCACUCUGGACGUGCUGAGGCGAGAGCUAAAGAACGCAAAGACAAGUUUGAGAUCAUCAAGCAAAGGUACAUGGACAUGAAGCCCGAGUAUGAGCGCCUGCAGAAGGACGUUUGCGCUCAAGACCAGCAGCGCAAGGACCUGGUGCAGGAAUGUGACCGUCUCAAGCAAGAACGGGACACCGCCCGUCAAGACCGAAACCUCGCCAUACAAGUCCGCGAACAAGUCCAGCAACAGCUCUCCCAUGUCCAGCAAGAGCGUGACAGCCGUGAGCGGGAACGUGAUGAGGUGAUCAAGCGCCGCCAACAGGACCGCGACGAGCUGGUGUCGCGUCACCAGCGCGAGCUGGGCUACUUUCAGCAGCAGAAGGAGCUUGAGAGCCGCCAGAUGAUGGAACGCCAAGACAGGCUGGACGCCGAUAACGCGCGACUCCACCGCGAGAAUGACCAGUUGAACCGCGAGAACAGCGCCCUCCUUCAACGACUCCGUUCUUCGCAUCAACGUGUGUCACCAACGUCAGAGAGACUUCCUCCUCAGCACACGUCCCCAGUUCCUCCUCCCAUGGAGCGACUUCCCUCCGUUCAGACUGCCAUUUUAGGUCGUCCGAGGUCCGCGGCAUCGUCGGCUCCACCCACUCCCUUGUCAAACCUCAGCGUCCCCUUACCUGGUCCAAGCACGAUGGUGGCCGCCGCCCUGGGCGUCUCGUCUCGGCCAUCCAUGCCAGAUGAUGCGCCGCGCUUCUACCCGGUGGAGCACGUGCCUCAAAUGACCAGCGACCAGUAUUACCUUCCUCCUAAUCUUGACAACACCCGCACCGAGAGAGCCCCACCGCCGCCCCCCAGCGACCCUGCACCAGUUAAACAGCCCUUGGCACCAAAGCCGCGCUUUUGGGGCUCGUGA